AUAUCAUUAACGUGGCUUGCCGGUCCAUUGACCGGGAUUUUCGUUCAACCGAUGGUUGGAGUCUUAUCGGAUAGAUUCGGAAGACGUCGAAAACCAUUUCUCUGCACUGGUCUUGUUGGGAUGAUUAUUGGACUGUUGACAUUUUCAAGAGCAUCUUCUACAAUAGUCGCCGUUGCAGCCUUCUGGUUCCUCGACGCUUCCAUCAACACUUAUCAAGCAGCAUUAAGGGCUCUGCUGAUCGAUACUGUACCGGAACAAUCGCAAGUAGGGGAAAUAUUUGUCACCGUGAUAUCGUGGCUCAGCACUGCGUUGGGGUACGCCUUGGGUGGAAUUGAACUUGGCUCGGGACUUCAUCUAGAAGGUUUAAUCACGUCGGAGGCGUCGAUGGUAUUCACUAUUACGGCGAUUUACGUGGGAGUUUUCGGCUGCUGUGGUGUCUUGGGUGUGAAUGAAGAUAUUUCAACAACAACUGAAAUGGCAGCAGUAGAGACAGAAAACUGUGGCAAACGACUUUUACGAGAAACGGCAGAAGGCAUUAAUGUGAUGCCUGUUACGAUGAGGUUUGCAUUUGCGGCCCAAUCAGCGAGUUACGUUGCUUGGUUCGGUAUUUUUAUGUAUAGUACUGAAUGGGUGGGUACGACAAUAUUUAAUGGUGAUGAUGGAGCCUCGCAAGAGCAACAACUGUUAUUCACCCAGGGUGUACGUCAUGCUAAUAUUAGUCUGGCUUGGGCCGCCAUACUGUGUAGUGCGGCGUCGAUUUCUAUUCCUCUUCUGUUGAAGCGAGAUAAAAAUGGUGAUAGGAAGUGUGGACGCUGCAGAAAGUCGGAACCUGGUUAA